AUGCUGCGCACCACCAUCCCUGUGGAGCACUACCUGCAGGGCCUGUGGAGGAACGAGCUGGGCUCCAGCAUGACCCUCUUGGCCCUGAACACAACUGGGACCUUCUUGGGCUUCUACCACACUGCUGUGACAGCCGCCAACAAGCAGAUCCUGCUGUCACCCCUGCAAGGGGCCCAGCAGCACCCCAGUGCCAAGAGACACCCCAUCUUCGCCUUCACCGUGCAGUGGCAGUUCUCAGACUCCACCACCGCUCUUGUAGGCCAGUGCUUUGUGGAUCACAGUGGGAAGGAGACACUGGAAACCACAUGGCUCCUGCGGGAAGAGGUCACAUCCCACAGGGACACCUGGAAAGCCACCAGAUGAGCCCUGCCCUGGCCCUCCCACCCUGCAGCCUUCACUCCCCUCCUCCUGACAUGUGUUCCCUGCACGGUUGGCACCUCCAUCUUCACUUGAAUCAAGCGAUGGGAAAAGGGCCCAGAGCUGCCUGCGACCUGCUGUCCUUCUGCAUCCCCAAAGGCUCUCCACUGUUCCAGUCUCAGGCUGGGCUCCUGCCUGCUCCCAGCAUCCCGGUCAGGAAACACACCCUCACCUUGCCGUGCUUCUUCCCAGUGUCUCCCAGCAACCUGCUGGUGGGGUUGUCCCUUCCCAAACCUUGCUGCUCCCACACGUGGAGCCAAAUAAAUCCUUCUCCAGCUGGCAGAGAG